CUUGAAGUACCCGCAUGCCACCACUUCCACUCACCACCAGCAGGGGGCGGUAGACUUCAAAUCACAACACGUUAACACCACAGAAGAACAAGCUCUCCUCAGUUCCUUUUAGCCGACAGUUUUUCAUAGAUCCGCAACUAUGGAGGAAGCAAAAAACAAAGAGAAUAAGCCGUCCGAAAAGACCGAUGAGAAGGACAAGGAGAAGGAGAAGGGGCUGAAGUCCUCCGGAAAGGAUAAGGGCAAGAAAGAGGAGCAAGAACUGUCGGAGGAAGACAAGCAGUUACAGGAGGACCUAGAGAUGAUGGUGGAGAGAUUGGCUGAGAAGAACACAGAGCUGCACCACCCUGCUCUGGAGGAGCUGCGCAGACUGAUCCGCUCCUCCACCACCUCCAUGACCUCCGUACCCAAACCCCUCAAAUUCCUGCGCCCGCACUACGGCAAGCUGAAAGAGAUCUAUGAGGGCAUGGCUGCCGGAGAGAACAAGCGUUUCUGUGGAGACGUGGUGUCGGUGCUGGCGAUGACCAUGAGCGGGGAGAGGGAGUGUCUGAAGUAUCGCCUGCUGGGAUCCCAGGAGGAGCUGGCCUCGUGGGGACAUGAAUACGUCCGACACUUGUCCGGAGAGGUGGCUAAGGAGUGGCAGGAGGUGGAGGAGAACGACAAAACGCAGCAGGAGACGCUGCUGAAGCUGGUGAAGGAGAUCGUUCCCUACAACAUGGCCCACAAUGCAGAGCACGAGGCCUGCGACCUGCUGAUGGAGAUCGAGAGGCUGGAGAUGCUGGAGGACUACAUCGAUGAGAACGCUUACGGCAAAGUGUGCCUGUACCUCACCAGCUGUGUGAGUUACGUUCCCGAGCCGGAGAACUCUGCGCUGCUGAGAUCUUCUCUGAACAUCUUCAGGAAGUUCAACCGUCACCCAGAAGCCCUGCGCCUCGCCCUGAUCCUCAACGACGUGGAGCUGGUGGAGAACAUCUUCACCUCCUGCAAAGACAUAGUAAUCCAGAAGCAGAUGGCCUUCAUGCUCGGUCGCCACGGCAUGUUCCUGGAGCUCAACGAGGACGUGGAGGACUACGAGGACCUGACGGAGAUCAUGUCCAACGUGCAGCUCAACAGCAACUUCCUGGCUCUGGCCCGAGAGUUGGACAUCAUGGAACCAAAAGUCCCCGAUGACAUCUACAAAACACACCUGGAGAACAACAGGUUUGGAGGCAGCGGCUCUCAGGUGGACUCGGCUCGGAUGAACCUGGCCUCGUCCUUCGUGAACGGAUUCGUCAACGCCGCCUUCGGACAGGACAAGCUGCUCACAGACGACGGAAACAAAUGGCUGUACAAGAACAAGGACCACGGCAUGCUGAGCGCUGCAGCCUCUCUGGGUAUGAUCCUGCUGUGGGACGUGGACGGAGGUCUGACCCAGAUCGACAAAUAUCUCUACUCCUCUGAGGACUACAUCAAGUCUGGUGCCCUGCUCGCCUGUGGCAUCGUAAACUCCGGCGUGAGGAACGAAUGUGACCCGGCCCUCGCCCUGCUGUCAGACUACGUCCUGCACAACAGCAACACCAUGAGGAUAGGAGCCAUCUUUGGACUGGGCCUGGCGUACGCCGGCUCCAACAGAGAGGACGUUCUGUCUCUGCUCCUCCCCGUCAUGGGAGACUCCAAAUCCAGCAUGGAGGUGGUUGGAGUGACAGCGAUUGCGUGCGGGAUGAUCGCAGUGGGAUCCUGUAACGGAGACGUGACCUCCACCAUCGUGCAGACCAUCAUGGAGAAGAGCGAGACCGAGCUGAAGGACACCUACGCUCGCUGGCUGCCUUUAGGCCUGGGACUCAACCACCUGGGUAAAGGAGAGGCGAUUGAGACGACCCUGGCAGCUCUGCAGGUCGUCCCCGAACCUUUCCGCAGCUUUGCCAACACACUAGUGGAUAUCUGUGCAUAUGCAGGAUCUGGUAACGUGCUGAAGGUGCAGCAGCUGCUCCACAUCUGCAGUGAGCACUAUGAAGCCAAGGAGAAGGAGAAGGAGGAGAAGGAGAAGGAGGACAAGAAGGAUAAGAAGGACAAAGACAAGAAGGAGACAGCAGCUGACAUGGGCUCCCACCAGGGUGUCGCGGUGCUCGGUAUCGCUCUGAUCGCUAUGGGAGAGGAGAUCGGAUCAGAAAUGGCCCUACGAACAUUCGGACAUCUGCUGCGUUACGGAGAGCCCACCCUCAGGCGGGCGGUCCCUCUCGCCCUGGCUCUCAUUUCCGUGUCCAACCCCCGUCUGAACAUCUUGGACACCCUCAGCAAGUUUUCCCACGACGCCGACCCCGAGGUGUCGCACAAUUCCAUCUUUGCCAUGGGCAUGGUGGGCAGCGGCACAAAUAACGCCCGUCUGGCCGCCAUGCUGCGGCAGCUGGCUCAGUAUCACGCCAAAGACCCAAACAACCUCUUCAUGGUUCGACUGGCUCAGGGUCUGACUCACCUGGGUAAAGGCACUCUGACUCUGUGUCCGUACCACAGCGACCGGCAGCUCAUGAGUCAGGUCGCCGUGGCCGGGCUGCUCACCGUGCUCGUCUCCUUCCUCGACGUCAAGAACAUAAUCCUGGGGAAGUCUCACUACAUUCUGUACGGCCUGGUUGCAGCCAUGCAGCCUCGCAUGCUGGUCACCUUCGACGAGGAGCUGCGGCCGCUGCCCGUUUCCGUCAGAGUCGGACAGGCUGUGGAUGUGGUGGGUCAGGCGGGUAAACCCAAAGCCAUCACCGGCUUCCAGACCCACACCACCCCGGUGCUUCUGGCCCAUGGAGAGAGGGCGGAGCUGGCCACAGAGGAGUAUCUCCCCGUCACCCCCAUCCUGGAGGGCUUCGUUAUCCUCCGCAAGAACCCCAACUAUGAAACCUAGACGCCCCGUAAAAAAAAGCCCAAAUCUCUCUCGCCUGUUCCUCUGUUUGUAAGGGAAGCCCUCCAUGGCUCUUAGCAGUUGUUGUUGACAUGUUUACUGUUUUGCUGAAAAUAUUUAAGGGUGGCUUUUCCCUUUCGUUAUCACUAUAGCCCACCGUUAGCACAUUAAAAAAACAUACAUAGUGGGGGUCUGGUUAGCCGGAUUAAGGAGGGAAAUAUCCUGAUCCACCAUCCUCAUGUAUAUGUUAGUAAAUUAAUAACAACUGCUAAGUCAUCAUCAACCCCCCCCCCCCCCUUCCUCUACCUAUACCCUCAGUCAUCUUUUGUAAUUAGAGCAUUUAAAAGUAUGUAUUCACCGUUUUGCUUCUGUUUUUAUUUUUAUUUUGUUUCGGUUUUUGUUACAGUACUGUAAAAGGUUUGAAUCAAAAAUAAUAAAAAACUUGAGACUCAC